UGCUGGAGAAAAAUUCCUUGUGUGGUUUUACACACUUGGCCAAUCAAGCUGAUUCUGAUUUCUGUAAUAAAUUACCCCCCAACAUUAAUAAUACAAAUAUAACGUCAAUGUAAGCUAUUGUCCAUUUAUGAAUGGAGUUUCAUUUGAAUUCACGCUUUUACUCUGAAGGUAUAUAUACACAUCAGUUUUUGUGCUGCUGCUUGCUUGAUCAUGCUCUCUCUUCCUCUCUCCCUCUAUCUUUUUCAUCCAGCACUGUGUAGAUACCUCGCAAAAUGUGGAGUAGCAUCGGGAGGGAGGAGCUGCAGGGCAGCUGAGGAGAAGAAAACAUACGAGAAAAUAAAUCCCCCCCAAAAAAACUUUUUUUGUGCAGGUAGUUUUUCCAAGGAAGUGCAUGGCGACCAACUCAGACAGAGGAUUGUCUUCGCAGUCAGUGCAAUUGUGUUAGUUAGAGGGUUGGAGUGUGUGUGACAGAGAGGGAAACUCUGUAAGUGUGUUUGUUUAUGUGUGUGUGCACGCACCCCCGGGCACGCACCCGUCAAGACUCUUCUUCCGCGAUGUAAAGGUGGAUUUUGACAUAUGAAGGAGCAGGUAACCAGGGCCUGAUCGUGAUGCUGUCCUGGACGCAUAACGAGCUGUGCGAUGAGAGUAGGCAACGUGGGUAAAAGAGUCAUGCAACGCCCAGCCCCACACUACUACAUCCUCCUGGGUGGGAUAGUCUUGCUUUUUCUGGCUAGGUUGACCCUGAGUUGCCCUGCUCGAUGUGAAUGCUCUGCCCAGAGCAAGUCAGUGAGCUGCCACCGCAAGCGUCUAAGCACCAUUCCUGAAGGCAUCCCCAUUGAAACUCGACUCCUGGAUCUCAGCAAAAACAAGCUACGCAUAAUCACACCCGACAACUUUUCUUCAUUCCAGCUUCUGGAGGACCUGGAUCUCAGUGACAACCUCAUCAGUGUAGUGGAAACUGGAUCAUUCCGUUCUCAACUAGCUCUACGAUCCCUGAAUCUUCGCAGUAAUGUGAUCCAGCUGGUUCCUGCCGGUGUGCUGUCUGGCCUGACGAACCUCACUCAACUUGACCUCAACCACAACAGACUUGUGGUUCUACUAGACCAUGCCUUUCAAGAUCUGCGCAAGUUGGCAUCCCUUGAGGUGGGUGACAAUGAACUUGUUUUCAUUUCUCAGAGGGCAUUCAUGGGAUUAACUGGGCUCAAAAGUCUGACACUGGAACGUUCCAAUCUCACCGUGGUCCCUACUGAUGCUUUGGCACAUCUGCACAACCUGGUCGAACUACGUUUGCGCUAUUUGAGCAUUAGUUUUCUCAAGCCUUUCUCCUUUAAAAGGCUAUUUUGUCUCCAACGACUCGAGAUUGAUUUUUGGCCCAGUUUGGACACACUACCCCCACUGUCACUGCAUGGCCUCAACCUCACAACAUUGUUCAUAACCAACACUAACUUGUCUGCCUUCCCUGGGGCAGCAUUGCGCCAACUGCCCUACCUCACUCACCUCAACUUGUCAUUCUCCCGAAUUCAGCAUAUCCAUCAAGGAGAGCUUGGGAACCUCCCACAUCUGAAGGAGCUCCGUCUCCAAGGGGCUCAGCUGCUCUCAAUUGAACUAUUUGCAUUUAUUGGCCUCAUAUCUUUGCAACUGCUGGAUGUGUCACAAAAUCGCCUGGACUCUCUGGAGAGAGGAGUUUUUGCAUCACCAGACAGCCUCCAGAGGCUUUGUCUGGGUGGAAACCCAUUGGUGUGUGACUGCAGAUUGCUUUGGUUGCUGAAUAGUUACAAGCCCCCCUCCCUUCAUAUACUUGAUAUGCAGCCGGAGUGCAGUGCCCCUGAGUACCUGCUGGGGAAAACUCUGCGUGAGCUCAAGGAACCUUUGGUCUCUCAAUACAUGACCUGCACCAAGCCUCGAAUUGGACCAAACAUAACACAGCUGCUGAUGACUGACGAGGGUCAGCCUGCCCGUUUGAGCUGCAUGGCAGAGGGAGAACCAAGACCCUCAGUGGUCUGGAUUACACCUCUCAGACGCUACAUAACAGUCAAAAGCAGUGGCAGGGUGGAAGUCAAACCAGAUGGCACCCUAGAGAUCAAGACUGCAGAGCUGCAUGACAGCGGGGUAUACUUGUGUAUUGCAAGUAACCCUGCUGGCAAUGCCAGCUUGUCUGCCUCUUUAGCUGUGAAGAGUCUGGGCAUUAGAGACACCUCUUACAAUAGCAACAGGAGCUCAAAUUAUUUGACAAACUCUAACAGCACUAGGGGGAAUGGAACAGUGUUGUACAACAUGACAGUCCCCAUAGACAUUAAGACUAUCAUUAUAUCCACAGCCAUGGGCUGCCUUUCCUUUCUAGGUGUGGUCAUUUUCUGCUUCCUGCUUCUGUUUGCCUGGAGCCGAGGGAAAGGACGUCAUAAGAGCAACUUUGAUAUUGAAUACGUCCCACGCAAAACCAAUGGGAACUCAACUGAAGUGACAGAAACAAGUGGGCCUCGACGGGUCAAUAUGAAAAUGAUUUGAACAUGAAGCGGACUGAUGCACACAAUACCAACAACAAUAACAACAACAAUCCAGUGCGGAAAAGGUUUUCUAUAACAGUGAAAUUGUGACAAAUGAUGUAUUAAUAUAGUGGUUGUCGAUGAAGGUGAUCUUGUGAUCAUGUGAAUAUCAAAGUCAAACCGUGAACGUGUUUAUCUGAAAUAUGAAAUUAUGUCCUUACAUUACAUGAAUAUAAUACUAUAACCAACAUAUCAAUAUGGCAGUGAUCUAGUGUUGCACUUGGCAUGUGUAUCAGUGGUGAUGUGAUGAGAAAUUACGUUGUCAACUAUCCCUGACAUCAAAGCGAAGGACGGAGCCACUGGGGGUGGAGGGGCUAUUUGGAAUGCAGUGAUAGCUAUCAUUGCUGCAAUAUGUCAGAACUAAAUUGUCUAAUACCCAUCUAAGCUGCAGCGUGGAAGGUGUGUGCUGUAAUCAUGUGUGCGUGCAUUGGUGCAUGCAUGUUGCAUUUAUGUCUUUCUUUGUGCAUGUGCACGCAUUGCCUUUCUUAUGUAAGAAUAUUAAUAAGAUGGGGGCCAAGCCUUUGUUAUUGUUGGGUCAUUGUCAAUGCUGGGUAAAACAGGAUUUUACAUGUUUUGUCUGGAAAACUCCCACUUAUUCUUAAAAACAAAUGCUGCAUCCAUUUAGAAAUAGUUGCCCUCAUGCAAUGGAGUCCAACAUAAGGGGAAUUAACUCAGGGGAACAUUAUGCUGUAAUUUAAUGUGAGGUGUGAGCUUUGUCUUGUCCAUAGAAUUCACUUUCCAGCAGGACAAGACAUUUCUCCUUAGAAAUAAAACUUGUCAAAGACGUUAUCACAAGAGAAAAGCUUCCAGCAAUGGCCUGUUAAAGCUGUUUCAUAAGAUAAUAAGUCACAAGCAGUUUUUGCUGCCAAAAAAAAAAGAAGACAUCCCUUGACAUAAUAUAAAGGACUCUGUGGCUGGACGCAAAGAUGUACUGGCUUGAGCCCUCUUUGGGACAAGACAAAGCUCAACCUCACAGAUUUAUGGCUUGAAUUUCCCUUCAUAUUUCUUUGAUCAUACCUCUUCAAUUCCUUACUGGGGUUCCAGGGGGCUCUGGUUACUUAAUAGGUGUCAAUUUCGAGUUUGUAGUAGAAACUUGUAAUGUUACGUUUCUUUGUUGGAAAAUACUUUCAAGUGUCUGUUGUGUGGAGUGAUGGCAAAACAAUUAAGGGCAGAUCUUUGUAUUACAGGGAUGUGGGUGUUUAUUUGUGGAAUUUUGUUGUGAUAUUAUAAGAAUUAAAACUUGUAUAAUUGUUUUCAUAUGACAAAUCUAUGUUUAUAUUUUCAAGCAAAAAUAAAUAUAAAACAUAACCCUAUGUUUACUAUUAGCUUGUAUUGGUUUUUAUGAAGCAAGAAAGAGUUACACACACCUCACAAAGAUCCACCUUUGUGGUUUUUGUGACCACUGUAUCAGGUCCACAACAUCUUGU